CUAUGCGUCGGCAUCACUACCGUCCUCCCACUGGCAUCUCCCGUCUACUAUUUUGGGACGAACAGAACAGAGACACUAGCUAACUAGCUUAUUAGCUUGCUCCCCUCCUUCCUUUCAAGCUUUAAAAGGAGACCAUCUCUUGCACCACCUCUUCAUCCAUCCGGCCAAGCAAGGGGCAUGAAGAACAGGAAGGGCUACGGGCACCAGGGCCACCUGCUGAGCCCCGUGGGCAGCCCGCUGUCGGACAACGAGUCCGGCGCCGCGGCAGCGGCCGGCGGCGGCGGGUGCGGGAGCAGCGUGGGGUACUGCGGCGGCGGCGGCGGUGAGUCGCCGGCCAAGGAGCAAGACCGGUUCCUGCCGAUCGCCAACGUGUCGCGCAUCAUGAAGCGCUCCCUGCCGGCGAACGCCAAGAUCUCCAAGGAGGCCAAGGAGACGGUGCAGGAGUGCGUGUCCGAGUUCAUCAGCUUCGUCACGGGGGAGGCCUCCGACAAGUGCCAGCGCGAGAAGCGCAAGACCAUCAACGGCGACGACCUGCUCUGGGCCAUGACCACGCUCGGCUUCGAGGCCUACGUCGCCCCGCUCAAGUCCUACCUCAACCGCUACCGCGAGGCCGAGGGCGAGAAGGCCGCCGUGCUCGGCGGCGGCGCGCGCCACGGCGAAGGCGGCGGCGCGGCGGACGACGCCGGCCCACUCGCCGCGGGCGGCGGGGCCGGGGACGGUGUCGACCGCGCGGGCCACGACGACGACGCGCACGUCGGGCUCAUGAUGGGAGCCAGCAGCGUCGGGUUCGGCUCUGGCGGCGGGGCGGCGCCGUCGUACUACGCGGCGGCAUCACGGAAGGCGUACGGCGCGGGGGAAGGGUCCAAGGUGAUGGAGUUCGAAGGCGAGGAGGAGAACGGCGGCGUGCAGAGGGGGAGGGGAUUUGCCAGCCACCUCCACGGCGCCGUGCAAUGGUGAACCAGGUGAAGGGCGGCGUAGCUAUAACUAGGUGCGACGAGAAACGAUAUUUGCAUGGUGCUGGUCUGCUGGUGACUAAAUUUGCGUGCGUACGUUACGUACUAGUAAUUGAUUGCAGUUUCUGCUCUCCGUCAAACGUUUUAAUGAGAUUUAUUUGAAUUUAAACUCAAAUGUUUCUAUUGACCCUGGAAGAAUUUCGGGUAGUUGUGCAUCGUUAUUGACCUCUUGUUCAACGAGGUAAACUGAUUUGAUGAAGAGUGAAAUAUGAAGUACGUA